UGUGCUUCGUAAAUUGGCGCUGGCACGUCUGAUCCUUACGGCUUUCCAUACACGUAACCUCAACAUUUGGAGCGCUGCGGCUGAGGAAGAGCAAUAUUUUCACUGUUUUAACCAGAAAUUUCGAAAAAGCAACCUAAACGCUUAAUCAAUCUUUCUCGGAAGAUACUUACCCGUCUGAACAAAAUACCUAGAGCAGGUACCCGGGCCAUUACCGGUAGGGAAGUAGGGACUAUAUGGAAGAAGAUCGGUGCCCAGUCUGCUCAAAACUUCCCCUAGACGGGCCAGCCUUGGGCAUUGAAGCUCCCCCGAUCAAGUACGAUCUUAAUCAUGACCAAGCUGUGUUCAACGCGUACAAAGGGGAUUGUUGCCUGUACAGAUUAGUACGAGACCUGCAUCGAAUCUGGUUAGAGAAGGGCGAAGGGCGUGUACGAAGAUAUCUUUGGUCUUGCCGCGGGCGGACUUGGGACGUUCUUCCUGCUAGCUCCGAGGCGUUCGUGCAUCCGGAUAUUCUCAAUCCUGCUACCAUUUCACGUUUGCGGAAUUGGAUUCAGCGAUGCAAUCAAGAGCACCAAGGCUGCCACAGCGAACAACUUCCGGUUCUACCAACUAGGAUAUUAGAUGUUGGGGACCCGGAGUCUACCGGGAAUGUCAAACUUGUCGAGACGAAUGGGAAACGAGGGCAAUAUGUUGCUCUUAGUCAUUGCUGGGGCGCCUCAAACUCAUUCUUGACAACUCGGGAUACGCUCGAAUCGAUGUACAAUGGAUUCCUCCCCGAUCAAGCGCCUGCUACCUUUCGCGAUGCGAUUGUGCUUACUCGAUGCCUUCGGAUUCGUUACCUGUGGAUUGACUCCCUGUGUAUCAUCCAGAGAGACAAGGAAGAUUGGAAUAGAGAAUCAUCCCGAAUGGGAGAUGUAUAUCGAAAUGCGUAUCUCAUGGUAGCGGCAGCAACCGCCGCCGAUGACACCGAAGGAUUCUUCAAACCCCGGCCCCAAAUCCAGUGCUCGAUGAAAAUCGUCGCGCCGUUAGGCCGGACUGCGAAUGUGUACCUCCGGGAUCAGGCACAUAGUUACGGAGAUUCGAACCUGCCACUGGAUUCCCGCGGAUGGACUUUACAAGAAACGUACUUGAGUCGGCGGCAGCUAAAAUUUCAGGGUAAAAAGAUUACCUGGCAUUGUCAAAGUACCACCUGGGAUGAGUCGGAUCGAGACAGUUUGGACAAGAAGUACCCGUUCCGAUCAGUUACAGAACUAUUCCCGGAGAAGAGUACCCUUUCAAAACACCCUUAUCAAUCGUGGUAUGACAUGAUUGAGGAUUUUGCACAACGGAAAUUCUCCGUCCCAACCGAUCGGCUGCCGGCGCUCUCUGGCAUCGCAACCAUGGUAGCGGCGCAAAAAAACGGGCGAUAUUGCGCAGGACUGUGCUCCUUUGAGUCGUUUCGGCCAGAUUGCUACAUCGCUCCGUCGUGGUCCUGGGCAUCUGUCAAUGGGCCGGUAACCUUCCCCGAUAAUGGUUAUUACCUCAACUCUUGUGGACCAGACUCGCUGGAUUCUGUGACCUUUCAUGACUGUCAAAUCAUCCUCGGAUCGAAUCCGUAUGGUGAGAUCGAGUGCGCGUGGCUCGAGCUUGAGGCUCCUCUCGCACCCCUUUCCAAAGCUACGGACAAGCAUAAGAGAAAUUCCCGAAGUGCAGAUUGGCAUGAAUAUUUCUCUAUCGUGGAUGGGGUGAGUGAAGAGUUGCUGAGUGCGGUAUUCGACGUUAAAGACGGGCUGGUGAUUAAUUUGUUUGCACUAUUUAUGAUGCAUGCCGAAAAGACCGAGGGCGAUUACCACCACAGGCAAAGAAGUGAUGAAGUGAAACUCUCCGGUCUGAUCUUACGGCCAGCUGUUGGCCAGGAGAGAAUUCGUGAUAAGUAUAAGGUGCCAAAGGGGCUUGGGCUCUAUCAACGAGUAGGACUUUUCUACUUGGGAACUCGUCAGGAGAAGGAGGUCUUGGAGAUGGCGCCUGUAACGAAGAUGGUGUUGCUUUGAGAAACGAGAACGAAUCCAUUGUCAGACUGUCCCCAAUUUAUUCGUACAUUUGAAUGUGCCAUAUUCAAAGGGAC